AUGUCCGCAGCAGCACAGGUCGAUUCAAAUCGCCCUACCCCAACAGACGUUCCAGCGGUGGAUCUCAAAGAGUACGAGAUAUUCUAUGACCAAAUGCGUCAAGUCUACGUUAGCAACUGGGACGUCGACAACGAUGGCAAAAUUAAUCCACGUAGCGUGACCACUAGUCGGAAAAAGAUGCUAGAAUGGUAUAAACUGAGGAGCGCAAUGAGAAAUGCUCUCUUCUAUUUCUACCAGCUAGAGCUACCAGAGAGACAAAAGAACGCUUUCUUAGCGACUUUGUUUGCCGAUGAACCAGCCGACGACCCGCUUGUAGCCAAAGCCGAUAUAGAGUUGGGGUAUAACGGUCCUCACAGUAAUGAAACGAGGGAGCUCCUUUGUAAUGUACAGGGAUUUUCAGAAUUCAAGGGCACGGAUGGAAAGAGACUAGGUGUAAAUCUCGAUCCCAUUUUAUACUGUGAUGAGUCGGGAUAUAGCAUUCGGCUUAAUAAUCCGGAAGAGACUCCGAGGAGCGUUCGGUGCCUAUCUGCUGCGAAAUUGGCGUAUGAACUAUCUCUCCAUUUAUCUACUCCAGCAGGGGUCCAGGGUGAAGAUGCGGAAGUCUGGAUACACACAGGCAAGAAAAUUCCGACGGGUCCGAAUAGGACCUGGGAGACUAUUGGACAGACAUUUUGGAGUGACCGCCAGGAUCUAUUUAUUUUUAUUGCGAAAGAGGCACCGGGGAGUUGUAAAUUUAGAUAUGAUCCGAAGGGCCACUUGCCUUCAUUCGACGGCCUUCCUCCAGAUGAGCAACUGGAGCAAGUUGAACACUUAUGGGACCUGAUUGAGAAUUAA